AUGAUGAUCAAUGUAAUGGUUUUCAGUGUGUUUUCCUUGUCAGGACUGAAAGACACAACAACAAAGAACAGAGUGAUUCUGUUUUGUUUAACUCUGUUGUGCUACAUUGUGAUACUGCUUGUGAAUGUUGCUCUUAUUAUGACUAUCAUAUUGGAAGAAAAACUUCAUAAACCCAUGUAUAUCUUCCUAUGCAACCUGUGCAUUAAUAGUCUGUAUGGAACGGCAGCCUUUUACCCCAAAUUUCUCUUUGAUGUCUUGUCCAACACUCAUGUCAUAUCUUACAUUGGUUGCCUGCUUCAGGUCUUUGUUAUAUAUUCGUAUGCAAGCUGUGAUUUCUCUAUUCUCACUGUGAUGGCCUACGACAGAUAUGUGGCCAUAUGCCGUCCACUGGAGUAUCACGCUUUCAUGACGAAACACAGAGUUGCUUUCUUAGUAGGUGUCUCCAGACUUGUACCUUUUCUCUGUAUGGCUGUUGUGAUUGUCAUGACCUCUAAACUGACAUUAUGUGGCUCCCAGAUAGAAAAACUAUACUGUGAAAACUGGUCUGUCCUAAAACUUUCAUGCAACUCCACAACAGCAAAUAAUAUUGUUGGAUUUAUUGUUAUAGUUUUCUAUUUUGGUCAUGAUCUUUUCAUUAUAUUCUCCUAUGUACAAUUGGUAAAGUUUGCUUUGCAGUCCAGAGAAGGCCGGAAGAAGUUUCUGCAGACAUGUGUGCCACAUUUAUUAUGUUUACUUAAUGUCACUGUUGCUCUUCUUUUUGACCUUAUGCAUGCGAGGUAUGGAUCAGCAUCUAUUCCACAGAGUGUAAAAAACUUCAUGGCUGUACAGUUUCUGAUAAUUCCACCUAUUCUCAACCCUAUUGUAUACGGUCUUAAACUGACUCAAGUUCGCUACAGUUUAUUAAGUCUGUGUAGGUGCAACAAACAGGAAAAAGGAUUAAAAUGA